GCAUAGUGGUGACGUCAUUGAUACCCGAAUGCAGUGACGUCACGAAGCAACAACCUCGUGACGUCACCGCGCCGCGGCUGUUGUGGAGAAGGCGAUGAUGGCGGCCACGGGGUUCGCGGAGCCGGGGAGCGGCCGCACUGGCGCCUGUGCCUCGCUGCGGCCGCCUCACGGCGACAAACUGCGGCAGAUGAGCACGCAGGAGCUGCAACAGCUGCUGGAGGAUGACGCCAAGCUCGAGAGCAUGGUGCGCGACAUGGAGGAGCUGGAAAACAUUCAAAUGGAGAAGGAGCUGUGCCUGGCCAGCAACCGCAGCCUGGCCGAGGAGAACCUGAAGCAGCAGCCGCAGCUGGAGGAGGGGCGACUCCUCCUGGCGCAGAAGUACCAGCAGCUUAAGACGCUACACGAAGCCUUCACGGAGAAGGCUGCCAGGAUCGAGAGCCGAGCGGACUCGCAGGGUGUGGAUACCCUGCUUGCACUGCUGCAGGCCGAGGGUGCCAAGAUCGAGGACGAAACAGAGAAAAUGGCCGAACACUUUAUGGAGGGGCAGCUGACGCUGGAGGAGUUUGUGGACGACUACCAGAACAAGCGGCGCUUGGCUCACAUGCGCCGUAUCAAGAUCGAGAAGCUGCAGGAGAUCAUCGCCAAGCAGCAGCAACAGCAGCCACAGACGAACCAGCAACAGCUGCAACAUAUGCAGCAGCUGCAACAUAUGCAGCAGCAGCAGCAACGGCAUCACGCUGAGUUUGCACUGCCCGCAAGGCCCGCUCCACUGCCCCCCAUGCCCGGGAGGACAUCCAGCCCUGUGCACCCACAGCCCGGCCCCCAAAACUCAGCGCCCAACUCCAUGCACUACCCCUACUUCCAGGGCGCCUCCAUGCCAGCCCAGGCCCUCGAUCCCAAUCGAGCGUUGCCGCCCCUCCAGCACCGGGGCCAGGGGCCCUCCAUGCCAGCCCCAUUUAGCUACCAGGGUCAGGGCUACGGAGCCCCCCAGCAACCAGGGGGUUGGCCCAUCCUGCACAGGGCUCCCAAUCCCCCUCCUCGGCCUGGGCAGUGGAACAUAGGCUCCCAGCCUCCUCCCCUGCCUCCCCGCUCUGGCCCGGCACAAAUUGGGUUCGUGAUGCCGCAGUAGUAGAGCCGAUCAUCGACGCUGUUGCCCUUCACUAUCACUAUCCCCUAACUCCUCUCAUUGCCACAUGGUGUAAUGUACAGAGAACGCUUUAUAUAUUUAAUUUUAAAACUUUACCAUUACUCCUGAAUACUUCAGAAUUGGGAUAUUCGGGCAAUAUCAGUUACACUGUUUUUUUUUGCUGUGGGAGGAAAUCGGAGAACCCGAAACCCAUGCAGAACAUGGGGAGAAAACAUACAAACUCUACAUAGGCGCCCAAGUCGGGAAUCAAACCCAAGAAAUUCUUGGUAUUAGGCAAGUGUUACCACUGCGCCACUACCCUGCUGCGCUGCAGACCCCUAACCCUUCAUCAUUUCAGCGUGAUUCCUCUCAGCGUGAUGCUGUGGAUCGUACAUUUGCAGAUUAACCAUCCUGACAGGAGCGUUUCCUGUUGGGCUUUGUGAGCGUCAGUGUCCAGGAGGAAGUCCCCAUGCUCCUUGAGCCCUGAUGUGGCACAAAGCACAACUGUGCCACAUGUGCCCUUUGAGAGUAAACCGUUUAUUUUGCUUAACCAAGUGAGAAUUCAAGAGCCAAGGAUGAACGUCAUUUUCAAGAAUGACCUUGGGUCACCAAAAUCACAAUAAAAAGGACAGCAAUUAAGCAAAUAUAAAUCGGUGCCAAAACAACCAAACAUAAAUUGGUGUAAAAACAACUGCGUUCAAAACUGCAAAAACGUGAAUCAAUAUUCAACUAAAUACAUUUCCUGUAGCGAAAUUUGGCUCGGAACAAUUUACUUUGAAGAAGCUUGCAUUGAAUAGUGAUGGUGUAUAUCCCAAGUGCAGGAACAUCCUGCGUUUGCUCUCAUGGGACUCGUUGCCAGGAGUGGUCUCGGAUCGGUUGGGUUUCCUGCUGCCGGACAGGCCCGGUGGUAAUUUUGGCCGGUGGUUGUUGCUCAGACGAGGAGUUGUGUACUGGGUGGGUAGUGCGGGUGGGACUCAGCGCAGGGUGGCCGUUGUGCAUGUUGGGAGUUGUGCACGGCUCAUAUUUGGCAAACAGUCGUCUCCCGGGCAAUGUAAAGUGAUUUUCUGUUGACCUUGUAUCAAUAAGUCUGUUUUGCGUGCCGUGAACAUUUUACUUUGUAAUAAAUGCUAUAGUGUAGGGUUUAGUGCAUUUUCUUCCUAUCAUAUGUAUGUUUAAUCUGUAUACACAAUGGAAAUGUAAUGGAAUGAUAAAUUUAAUCGUGCAUUGGAAGCCACUGCACGAGUCUGCGAUAUUAACAGAGAACUGGCAGCAGUGAGGAGGCCGCGGUGGGAACCCCCAGUGUCGCUUCGCCAGGCCAGACAGCAGUAACUGUCUGCUCGAUUCAAGAAACGUGUCAACUUGAAUCGAUUACAACUUUGACAGUGCUGGUUGUUGCUGGCCGCUUCACGAGUUAUUGUAUUAUGUUGAACUUCUUUCGCACCAUAUGUAGCCAAGUGCUAAUCGGAUGUGCAAGGGAAGGACAAACUAAAGACAAAAAGCAGUUCUAAAUAAAUUAGUAUUCAAUCUAGAUUUAAAGUGCAUCGUUUAGUGGCUUCUUAAUAUUGGAAUUAAGAGCGUUCCAGACGGCUGCAGAACCGCAUCUGAAAGCACGUGAUACAGUGACCGUCUUUGUUCGAUGGCCAUCCAAAAGCUGCUGCGAGAAUGACUGGAGUUCGUGUGAUGGUUUAUGUGCCUUGACGAGGUCAAGUUGUAGGCGGUUGACUCAGCCCCAUCAUCCUAGGGUCGCUAAGGUGAGCACCACUUCCUGCGUUUAAAAAUAAAAUAGUAGCACUUGCAUUUAUUUUCAGUCAUUAGGGGUUUUCUCACCAUAUAAACUAUUGUUACGUAAUACAAUUCUGUUUUAUGUACCGAAUCUGCCUACAAAUCGGUGGUUGAAAUAAACACGUCGAGCUUUUAGGUGUGGUGGGGAUACAAAAGCGCGCCGUGUCCCGCCCCUCGAGUUCGUGGCCUGUGCGUGUGUGCCUGCAUGCAGGGCUCGGUGCUGUGUCCUUUGCGACACAUGGGCUGUGGGUUCGGGCCACCACCUUUUCCACUACAGACUAAAUCUGAACACGUUUCUCAGUCAGCCUUGGUCUGUCUACACAGUAUAUCUGAUUAGAGUUCAACAGGGACUGGUGGCAACCCGAGUGGUUGCACGGGGCCAUUGGGGAACAUUUAGAAACUACGAGGACUUUCAUAUUCUUAGCUCUUUCGGUAAAGUCACGUUGAAGGGAAACAAAAUAAUAAAAGUCACGUUGAAGGGAAAUAAUAAAAUAAAUAUUUUAUUUUUCCCUUCAACGUGACUUUACCGAAAGAGCUAAGAAUGAAUUACUGCAGUCACGAAAGCUUUAAAUCAAAAAUUUACGAGGACUUUGUUGGUCCCGAGUGGCCUCGCUCCACCGAGCGGGGCCGAGUUCAUUUAUGAGCUUGUUGCUUUUGGACAAGACGUAACAAGAUAAUCCAACCCUGUUGGCUUUUGUUUUGGUAAAACUGGAAAAUGCCGUUAUAUUUCAAAAUAAUGUCUUUGUAUAUAGUAUCCUGUUUCUAUUUACAAUUAAACAUUGGUGAUCUGG